GCGACUUAUUACUGAUCGCUGCGUCAAUCCUUUGGAUCCAGAUUACGUAAUUCCUGAGGGUCCAAAUCUCCUCCCAGCUGGUGAUCAGAUAUUUUCCAACAGAGUAACCGAUCUCCUGGAUGUGAGCGACAUUGUUGGUGCUAAACCAAGGAUUCUUUUCAAAGGCCCCGUGCGUGUUCGUCUCGAGGACAUAUUGUUUGAUAAGAAGUCUCAUCCUGCAAAAUGGACUCGCGAACGAUUUCGGUGCAAGGUUGGCACGGGGCUUGAGCUUUUCGACAUCAAUAUCGGGAAGAAGAGAUUUGGAUUCGACAGAAAUCCCAGAUCGAAUCCAUUGGAACCGCUAUAUCCCACUGAGCCUGAGGAGACAGCCGAACAAAAGUUCAAGAGGCUCAAGAGGAAAAUGAUAGCUCCUCGAAAACGGUUAUGGCAAUCCGGAGGAGAGCCUGUAAUCGACAGAUUGAUGGAGAAAUUGUAUUGGAAGUCAGGCCAGCUUCCAGAUGCGUGCAAACAUUUUGAUCCAAACAGUACAGAUAGGGUUAGUUACGAGGACUUGCGUACUAGUUUAGAGCAGUUUGGUGUAUACUACACGGACGAAGAGUUUCGAAGAUUGAUUCCUUAUGCGGAUAAGGAGGGAGAAGGAUGUGUGCCAUUUUUGAGAUUUGCGAAGUGCCUGAGAUGGCCCAGCGGGCUUGAAAAGAUCGUGGCAAAGAGAAAUGGCCAAGAUCAGUGGGAAGGCGUAUACGGCAACUUGGGUCAGGGCUUGCAAGUCCUUUUGGAGGAGACGGGUCGGACUGGCAAAAGGCAAAUGAAAGAAGUGGAGGAUCAGUAUCACCUGGUCAAUGUCAUCACUGGUGAUCCUUUAGUGAAGCAAGGAAGUCCGCUUGUUCCACCAAGAGAAAUGCUGUGUUUGAGUUACUUGGAGCAGCUAUCUGAGGAAGAAAACACUAAACGAGAAAUGACAUUCAAGAGUUUCAUGCCUGCUGAUCCUCCCGGCAUCGCCACAAGGACUCUGCCAAUCCUGAAACCAGCAGUGACGAAGCCAACACCGGAACAGCUACCCAGAGAUGAAAAAUCUCCCGAGGAUCAGACGACUGUAGUGACUUUACCACCGGUUGUCCCCGCUCCGACAAUCGAUGCUGCUGCUGCCGCUGCCGCUGCUCCCAGAAAAUCUGUUACUCUGUCCCCGAAGAAGUCCGUCGUUGCUCCUCCCGCCGAAAUCGUUCCUCAGGCUCCUGGAGCUCCUGGAGCUCCUGAUGCCACUGCUGCUGGUGGUGAAGGAGGAGAACAAAUACCAAAGCCCGAGGAUCCGCUCAAGCUCCCAGUCCUUGCGAGCAUGCCGACUUUCGAGACUAUGAAACAAGCCACGAGAACGAAGAGAUUACAUCUUCCAUCGUAUUCCAAGCGCCUCAGGCAAGAGCGACGGAACCAAGAAAUCCAGGCCGUCCAAUACCUGGGAUAG